AUGGACAUUAGCCCCCUUGGCAUUGCCAAAGUCACUAUUCCCAAUUUACCUUUGAUUAUCAAAACUACUAUUUUAGCAUUGUUUUCCCGUUCCCCAAAUGCCUCAGUCCAGGAUGUUAUUACCGAACUUAUAGUUACCGCUGCACGACCUAUGCUUAGCACUCCUGCAGCCAUUUUAAAAUCUCAAAUACAAUCUCAAAUAGACUGGGGAAUAUGGGGACAAAUGUGGAUUGCCAAGUAUACAAUCCCAAGACCUCAAGAUGAUUGUAGUGCCGAUACAGGUGUCUAUAGUGCUAGGGAUGCUUUGGUGAAAGCAAUAGAAGAACUUGGGGGUGAACAGAAUGCCUUUGAUCUACCAGAAACAGUAGAUGUGGAAGCCGAGUGGACAGGAUAUCGUCAUGGAGUCUCGAUUUUUGCUCGUCGACCAAACAUACCCGAGCAUGAGCAAUACAGGACGAUGAUGAGAGAAGUGGCUACGAAUGGUCCCACGAUUCUUUACUUCCACGGCGGAGCUUUCUGCCUAAUGGAUCCCGUUACGCAUCGACCGACAACGUCUGCAUUGGCUCAACAAACUUAUGGCAGGUGCUUUUCAGUUCGCUAUCGAUUGGCACCACAAGAUCCAUUUCCAUCUGCACUUUUAGAUGCGCUGAUUGCUUACCUUUCAUUGAUCUCUCCUCCCCACGAUUCUUUCCAUGAACCUGUUCCACCUGGGAAGAUCAUCCUCUCAGGAGACUCGUCGGGGGCGGGAUUGGCAACAUCGCUUUUGCUACUAUUGAAAACUUUGAAUCGGAUGGGCAUCAAUUCCAUCCGUUUCCACGGCAUCGAUGUACCAAUUAAUGCGAACGAAAUUGCUGGUCUUGCCAUUACCUCGCCUUGGCUGGAUAUUUCCCGGUCUCUGCCUUCUGUAACGAGAAACGCCCAAUACGAUAUGAUAGCGCCACCUUCGUCAGAUUAUACAGCACCUCACCCCAAUUUUCCUCACGAUUCAGUCUGGCCAGCCAGGGCACCUCGUGUCGAAACUUACUGCGAGGCAUUGAUGGUAACCCAUCCCCUCGUUAGUCCACUUGCAGCCAACAAAGAGCAUUGGCGCGGUGUAGCACCAGUCUACAUAAGCGUAGGCUGGGAAAGUAUGCAAGAUGAAGCAGAGAUACUCGCGCGUAGAAUUCAUGAAGCUGGAGGAACAAUUAUAUUCGAUGGCUAUGUUGGGAUGCCACAUUGCUUUGCGAUGAUGCCUUGGAAUGAGGCUGGAAGAACUGCCUUUAAUAAUUGUGCAAGGUUCUGCGUGGAAGCGGUCCACGGCAGAGUAGCGAAAAGGAGUUUUGGAUUGUGGACGAAUAAGCAUGGAAAGUCCGAGUCAAUUCAGCUAGAGAACUUGGGAAUGUGUAAUAAUGAAAGAAAAGUAGAUCUUGACGACUUUCUCGUAAACGAACUGCUAGAAAAGCAAAAAAGAUGGAGGAUCGAUUUGGAAAGGAGCUUGAGAGGUUGUGAAAAGACGAGGCAGCGAUAA